GCCGUACGUUCGUCCGCACUCCGCAGCGUACCCGGUCGGCUCAUCGAUUUCUGUCGUACGACGCAUUGUUGUUUUCGUUUGAGUGUAGGUCCGUGCCCGUGUCCGUGUGAGCUACUGCCGUUGUGUAAGCGCGUGCGAGAUAAAUAUCACCGAUUCUGUAGUUAUUUUUUUUUUUCAAUUACCUACCGUUAGUGUUUUUUUUUCGCCGUCGUCAGCAUUGCAAUCAUCAGUAUUUUAAUAUUGCCGUUUCCCCACGAACGCGAGUGUAGUGUUAGUGUUGUUUCGUCCGUAUCGAGCGAGCCCUGUACAGCACUCGAAAGACUACUUUAUUUAUAACCUUAACUCAUCACGCUGUUGUUACUGUUUGCGACCCAUUCGUGUAAUCAAUUAUUAUGCAUUUGUACUUCUGUUGCCGUCUGAAAUCUGUCGACGUCAAUCUUAUCGCACGAGUUUUCCAACUGAAAGGCUGAAAUUUUGAUUGCUUUUCACACUGCUCAACUAUCUAUUACUGGGUUAGGCAUACAAAUCGUAGUUUGUAAAGUCACAUAGUCGCGUAACGCCGGAGUCGUUCUUGUGGGUUUUUUUCUCAGCUUACAAUAGAAACUCCAAGAGUUUCUUGAUUAUUUUUUCCCACGGUGGUCAAAGUGGACGCGACAAAUUUCCGUUGCAUCAUCACACUGGCCAACAAGGUGGACUACGUAGUGAGAAGAAGACCAAUUGGUGGUAUGCGUCCAGACCUGCAGAGUCUGAUCUAUCACACAUCUUCAGAUCACUUCUCAGAACUUGACAUCUCCACUGUGCUCUAGUCUGCCACGCCACUAGUAGUAUAGUAUAGCAUUUGGCGUGCGUCAAAUUUCGGUUUGGGCUUAAAUAAAUAAGACAAUGGCACCAACUAACUUGAUGCGACCAACCAAAAAGGAUUGGCAACGUCAAUCGCAGUCGGAAUCUGAGGACGAUGACUUGAUUGGCAAGAAGGACUUGAUGCCGCUUGUAAUAUCUCAAGUUGGCCAAAAUUUUGUGCCCUUGGUUGUAACAAUGGUUGGUUUACCUGCUCGAGGCAAGACUGUUCUUGCAUAUAAGAUUCAACAAUAUCUUAAUUGGACUAAUCAUAAAGCUAAAGUAUUUUGUGUGAGCUCCUACAGACGUAAACAUAUUGAGUCAUACAGUAGUCAUGAUUUGUUCCGCAAAGAAAAUAGUGAAGCAGCUGAGAUUCGUCAGUUAAGUGCCCAAGAAGCACAAGACGAUGCUACCAAAUGGUUGCAGGAAGGUGGAGAUGUUGCUAUUUUGGAUGGUACUCAUAUAACACAAGCACGUCGCCAAACAGUAUACGAUCAUUUUUCCAAAGUUAUGGGUUUCAAAGUGCUAUUCAUCGAGUGUGUAUGUGACGACGAAAUGCUUAUUGAGCACAAUGUGAAAGAAGUAUUGCAAUUCAGCAAGGAUUAUCGUUAUAUGUCUGCCGAAAAAGCCCUUGAUGACUUCCAUCAUAAGAUUGAACAUUAUAUGGAACAGCACGAACCUAUGAAACCUAAAACAGAUGGCUACAGUUACAUUAAAUACUUGAAUGCAGGUGAAAUGCUAACAACAUACCGCUUAAAUUCUCCAUUGCAAAGUGAAGUACUAGUGUUUGUUUCAAAUUUCAAACCAUGGUCAAAAACGUUCUACUUCUCUAGACACGGUGAAAGUGAAAAUAACGUAUUGGGUCGUAUUGGUGGUGACGCUGAUUUGUCAGUUCGUGGUCGUACAUAUGCAGCAGCACUGGCGCGAUACUUUAACAAUGAAGAGCGUUUGAGUAGCUUGCGUGUGUGGACCAGUGAAUUAAAGCGUACACAACAGACUGCCCAAGGCAUCAAAGCUCCGAUAGAAGCCGUGCCGGCCCUUAACGAGUUGUAUGCUGGUGUUUGUGAGGGAUUAAGCUAUGAAGAAAUGCAAGAAAAAUUUCCACAAGAGUUUGCUUGGCGUGAUCAAGAUAAGUUACAAUAUCGUUACCCGUGGGGAGAAUCCUAUGUAGAUAUAAUGGCUCGAUUGAAACCAGUUUUAUUAGAACUUGAAGGUGACACAGAUAACUUGCUGAUUAUUAGUCACCAAGCUGUUUUGAGGUGUUUACUUGGCUAUUUUCUGAAUAAGAAACAUGAAGAAUUGCCCUACAUUAACGUGCCAUUACAUACUAUUAUCAAGUUGACUUUGUCUGGCUAUAAAAGCAAGAUGGAGGUGAUUAAGUUGAAUAUAGAAUGUGUGGAUACAUAUAGAAAGCAGCCUAAGAAUUGCUCUGUGAAUCGUUCUGCGGAUGAUGCUUUAUUGACGGUACCGGCACAUUUCGAAAACUUGUCAAUAUGGAACCGGCCACCAAUAGUUCAACUCUAAACUUGACCCAAACAAAAUACACUUAACUUACUGUUUGAGUAUAAUAUAUAUGAUGUGUAGGAUAAUAUGUAUGUGUCUCAUAUAUAUAUGAAUAAUAUAUCCCAGUAAUUAAGGUUUUUAAAGUUUAUUAAUUAUGACAUUUUAUUUGGUUUGAUUUUUGAGCAGUACUGUUUAGUUGGAGUAUCUGAUGGAGUAUCCAAGCUAUACUAACAUACUGAAUAAAUAUUUGAAAUAAAUAUUAAGAUUUUGAAUUUUGACCUAAUAGUCUAACAUUAUUAAACUGUAUUGUUAGGGGAUGUUUUAAAAUUAGCGGCUAUUUUACUAACUUUUUAAAAAUAAUUCAAUUUAGAAAAGUAAAUUUCUUGUUUAUUACAUUAAGUGGAAUAGUUGGAUUAGAUAGAUAUUUUUGACUUGCAAAUGAUUUAAAAUGUUCAUGCUAGUAAUCUAGCAUUUAUUAUAGUAUUUCAAUAAGAAAUUCGUUUUUUUUUUUAAAUCUUGUGUUUGAUCUCUCUUAAUAUAUAUUUUUACAUAUUACGUGAUCGCACAAACACAUUGUUUUUAAUUUUUCCUCUUACAAGUUCUUUUGUAAUGAGAAAAUACAAAAAGAAAAAAAAAUAUGUAUUGCGAAGUACAGUUCCCCACAGACAGUUUUUCAGUGCAACUGAGAUUGACUAUAUUCUUCCAUUUUUAACAUAAGUUAUUAAUUAUUAGACUAUAAACAUAUUUUUGUACUGUAGUUUUUGUUUGAUUUGUUAUUAUUAUUAUUUUUUACAUUAAUUAUUAUUAUUCAAUUAUUAUAAAAAUAAAAAUUAUAUAAAAUUCGUAAAUAAGUUUA